AUGAAAUUGCAAUUUGUACGCUUUUCAUCGACCUUAUCAAAAGAGCUCAUUACCCAGCAAAUGUUCAAGGAAUCAAUGGCACGAAUGGGGAACCAGGCUAUGAUUUUAACUUCUGCAAGCAAAAAUCUUCUUCCUCACUCUCUAUUUCGAGGAUUAACUCUGUCGUCAGUUAGCUCCUUGUCCCUAAAACCAAAGCCACUUUUACAAUUCAACUUACAAUUACCGUCAUUCACAUCGGAAUCUCUUCAUCAGCAUCAACAUUUUGCUCUCCAUCUCCUGAAACCCAAUGCUGAAUCAAUUACCCUUGCUCGCACAUUCAGCAGGGGCGCUAUGAAACAUCAACAAAGUGGAAGAGUGAUCCCUACGCAGCCAUUCAAAGAUUUAACUGAAGACGAACAUUAUCACACGUAUACUUUGGCUGGCAUUGACCUUGUAAUUCCUAUUUUAACUAACACUGAGAGGGUUUUUAUAUGCCAGAAAAAAGAGGUAUUCAGGGUAGGUGAUCAUGAGAUAUGGGUAGGCCAAGUUGACGACAUAAUAACAAAUGACACCGAUGGAACUGUGAGUGGAGGUAUCUUAUACUGCAAUCGAAGGUUUCAUAAACUGGGGAAGCAAAUCGAGUGA